CACUGGGUGAGACCCUGUGACACGUUCGCCGAUCAUCGCACUGCGUCGUUCUUGCUAGUGAUCACCAUGAGAAGCUGAUUGAUCGAGUCUGUGCGUUGCUCCUGCUGGGGGAAGACAUUUGGUGGCUGUCCCUCAAAGCUGCUCUUGACCCCAUAAUUUCGCUCGAGCCAUUGCCUCUCCUCCACCUACACGUUAUUCUUCCCCUUGUUUCGAUACCUACCUAUUAUUCGCACUUGCACGCCUUACCGCGUGCAGCUUUCACAAUGCCUAAUCAAUUACGAUCGUUACUGGGUACCAUCAGGAGGAAGCCCACCAAAGCCAGUGAUGGAAGAUCCUCUGAGGCCUCAAGUGGUAUGACGAACCCCCAGAAGACAACCAUCGGCGACGAUCUCAGAAACCUUGGGUUUAAGAAUGCCAAAUUUGCUAUCGAAGCCAUCACAACCCUAGCAUCGGGCGACCCCAUUGACGACAAGGACUGUAUGCUCGAGCAUGGCGUCGAAAUGCUCCAGGGUCUGCCGCUGAACAGUGGGUUGAGCGCGAAAGUCUCGGAUGGCUUCAUCUCUAUGCUGUGGCACGAUCUUCCACACCCUACGCCCACUAUGGCCGGGCCUACGGCGCGAUAUCGUCAACCUGAUGGGAGUGGGAACAAUCCUUGGAAUCCGGAGAUAGGCAAGGCUGGAUCGCCUUAUGCGCGUAAUGUACCACCAUCCAAGCCAAAAGGGCCAAACCUCCCCGACGUUGAGGAUGUCUACGAAGCUUUGCUGAAGCGCGACGGGCCAUUUCGUCCGCAUCCAUCUGGCUUGAAUCGGCUCUUCUUUUCGUUCGCUACAGUCGUCAUCCACGAAUGCUUCCAGACGUCAAGAGAGAACCCAUGGAUCAACGAGACCUCGAGUUAUGUCGAUCUCAGCACGCUAUACGGAAACACAGAGAAGGAACACAAGCGCGUCCGAACAUAUCAAAACGGUUUGAUCUUUCCAGAUUCGAUUGCAUCAGAGCGUAUCAUGAUGAUGCCUCCUGGCGUUGUUGCAGUUCUCUUGAUGUUCUCGAGGAACCACAACCACGUUGCGGAAUCGCUAUACUCUGUCAAUGAAAAUGGCAAGUACAAGCCUUGGAAUCAGCUCAACGAGAAGGAGCAGAAAUGGCAAGACGAAGACAUCUUCCAGAUUACGCGCAACAUCAACGUUGGCUUUUUCGCAUCGGUCGUCUUGAAAGAUUAUGUUGCUGCAAUCUUGAACACCCCUCGGGCGAACUCUGAGUGGUCUCUCGACCUUGGCAAGGAGAUCAAACAAGGUGGCACUCGUGUUGAGCGAGGCACUGGUAGUGCAGUGUCUGUUGAAUUUGCUGUUCUCUAUCAUUGGCAUGCUGCGCUCAGUGCUGCCGAUGACAAAUGGAUGGAGGACAUCGUGCGCUCAGUCCACCCGCACCUGGGCAGUAUCGAGGAUGUGACUGUCGAAAUGUUCCACCAAGUUAUGAAGGUGUACGGCCACAAGCUUUUUGCACCUGGCGUGGAGGCCAAAGACUGGACCUUCGGAAGUUUACAAAGAGGAUCAGACGGGCGCUUCAAGGACAGUGAAUUGGCCGAACUGAUCAAGAGCUGUAUCGAGGAGCCGGCGCAUGCAUUCGGCGCGCACGGCACUCCGGCAAGCCUCAAGGUUGUGGAUAUCAUGGGUCAGCUACAGGCGCGCGACUUGUUCAAUGUCUGCACGCUCAAUGAGUUCCGCAGAUACUUGAACUUGAAGCCGUACGAGACCUUCGAAGACUGGAAUGACGACGAGGACACAGCACGCGCCGCCGAGCUCCUGUACGGCCACAUCGAAAACAUGGAGCUGUAUCCGGGAUUGAUGGCCGAAUGCACCAAGCUCCCUAUGCCAGGUAGCGGUGUCUGUCCUGGACAGACCACUGGACGAGGCAUCUUAGAUGAUGCUGUUGCUCUGGUGCGUGGCGACCGCUUUCUCAGUUACGACUUUAAUGCCAACACCUUGACAAAUUGGGGCGCAGCUCUGUUGCAGCAAAAGACACCUGGAGCUUACGGCGGAGUCCUUCCAAGACUGCUUUUCCAGGGUAUCCCUGGUGCCUUCACCGGUACAUCCACGUACGUGCUCUUGCCAUUCUACACCCCAGAGGCAGCAAAGGGUAUUGUGCAAGGCAACAAGGCCCUGGAGAAGUACGAUCUCAAACGACCCCCUAAUGACCACGAGAUCAUCAGUGUUCAGACACAGGAAGGCUGCAAGGCGGUGUUCGAGGAUCGUGACAGCUUCAUAGUCAUGUACCAGGCUGCGAUCCGUAAUUGCACGGCCGGGCAUGACUUCAUGAUCGGCUGGGACGAGGCCGAGAAGCACGACGAUCGUUCAAAAAUCCUUCACAAGAUCUUCUUCGAGGAAGGCUUCGAGGAGAACAUCACGGACUUCUUCAGCACGAAUGUCCGCAAGCAAAUCCUCAAUAACUCUGUCAAAGGCCCUAGGGGCAGGCGUUCCAUCGACAUUGUCCGAGACGUGACCAACAUUGUGCCUAUUCUCUGGCUUGCAGACCGCUUCGCGCUGCCACUGAAGACACAGGAGCAACCCAAGGGUCUGCUAUCUCUGCACGAAGCUUUUAAAGCUUACCUCGUGCUAUUCAUGUACCAGAGCUUCAACAUCAUGCCAAUUAGCGAGUGGAAGCUAAAGGAGGGUGCGAUGAAGGCGGCUGCGCCCCUGCGACAGAUCUUCGAGACUCACCUCAAGACCCAGACUGGUAGACUUGAGGGCAUCGUUGACUGGAUGGCAAAAGGAAGUGCCUUCGAGGUCGGACCCCAUGCUGAUCGAAUUUACAAAGCACUUGCAGGCACAAAGCUGCCCAUCGGUGAUCAGGUUGGCGACUGCAUCGGUAUGGGUGCGCCUGUUGCCGGCAACAUUACUCAACAGGCAUCGCUACUGAUUGAUUUGUAUCUCAGCCCCGGCUACGAGAAGUACAAGGAGCGUAUCAUCCAGCUUGCCCACAUGGAUCCCGAAGCAUCAGACCGCGAGCUGCAGGGCUUCGUGUACGAAGGUAUGCGGCAUGUAAGUGUCGUUCCUGGGCUUCCUCGUGUCGCAACAAGAGAUGUCAUCGUUACGGACGGCGUUCGCGGGCCUGUCUCAAUCAAGAAGGGCCACACAGUCUUGAUUGCUACUUCCAAGGCGGCCAUGGAUCCGAUCGCUUUCCCCAAUCCGGAGGUCCUCGAUCCUCAUCGUUCAUUCAAGGAGUAUACUCUUCUUGGGCAUGGGCUCCAUUUCUGCUUCGGGGCUCGAUUGGUCGGUCCUUCUCUUGCAGCAACCCUGCGCGAAGUCUUCAAAUUGAAAAAUGUACGCCGCGCGCCAGGAAAGCAGGGUCGCUUUACAAUUACAGAGCACAAGCUUGCUGGCAUCACCAUGAGGCACUAUUUGGACGCCAGCUCGAAUGAGAGCCCCAUUCCAACCAGCCUGACGCUGCACUACGACGAUGAGAGUGUUGUGAAUGGCAUUAAUAAUGGAGUCAGUGGGCACUCGAACGGGCCUGCGACGAGUGGGUACUCUAACGGGUACGUGAACGGGGAUGCGGUGAACGGGCUCACCACCAAAGGCAUUGCCCAGUAGGAAUGCUAUUUGUCGGAUUACGGGAUGAGUGAGACGGAGCCACGUGAGGUCGAGCCUGGAAAGACAAUGGCCCGGAGCGCAUCUGCAAGGAUUGAUCAAAACUGGCUGGUGAAGUACAUGUAAUGCUGGUGUCGUGUUUGUACGACGGGUUCGAUACACUCGCUUGUCCUUCUACAUACCCUAUUACUGACAAGAAUGCUUUGGCUUGAAUUGAAACGAAAGUCCACAAAGAUGUGACGUUGU